AUGAGUUUCAAACCACUUGGGCCUUCAGAUGUGGCGACAGAAACGCUGCAAAAAUUCAAACAACUCUAUAAUGUCAAAACCUCGGACGCCUUUCUUUUAGGUUCUUCAACCAUCACCGACGAGAUGAAGUGCAUUGGUACCUUUGUAGACUUAGAUCUAUUAAGAAAUAAGAAUACCAGUGAUGGCCCAAUUGAGCUAUUGAGAAUACCUCAUGUUUCGACCUUCUCUAUUCACACUAUUCUGAAUAUAAUAAAUGACAAGUCUCAGUACCCCACGCAACAGCAGUUUGAGGACACAAUAAGCAUUGUAAAACAAUUUCUGGCCUCAAGCCUGUCCAAUGAUGCGAUUGCUGCGAAUCUCUCCGAAACGCUCGUCCUAGUGGUUUACUUUGUUGUUUUCGAACGAUUGCAACAAAUGGGAUAUGCUCUACCGGCAAUCAUUUGCGAUUUUUUGAGUAACGUAUUACUGACUACUCAAGUCGGGUCCUUUUACACUGCUCUACCUGAUUUCAAAACGGAUGUCAAUCUUGAGCUCAUGGGGCAGUAUGGGCUGUCGGACCUGUCCUGUGUUUUCGAAUCGUUAGUAGACAUUUGCAGUCAGAGCUUUGACGCCGCUGCGGAUCCAAAAGUUGUCGCCAGCAUUAUGGCAAGCGUCAUUUCACGUUGUCUAGAGAUUCCACAAGAACUUGAAGCAAACAGUGACGAUUUCCAGGUCCACACCACUUUGGUACCUAUAUUGGACUAUGCCAAUCACGACAAUCAACGUGUGAACGCUCAUUUCGACAUUGAUCGUCAAACAAACGACCUUUUGUUAUAUUUGGACAUCGAAAAGUGUCUUGAUAAAGGUGGUAUAUGUGAGGUCUUCAUAAGUUACGAUCCGAUUCACGAGUUUGUGCACUUUCAAAAAGUCUACGGAUUUAGUCCUCCUUUAGAACCUGACACGCCCUCAUACAUGAAUUGCUGUCUUGACAAGAAGUUUUUGGCCAGUAACAUGAAUCUCGAUCUCUUUUACAAAUGGUUUGAUAUCAAACCCUGCGUACAAUUUUGUUUUUUCGAUGGCCGCGUUUACAUCAAUGACUGCAUUGAAAGCUUCAAAUGGCUUACCAUACCUUUUUUCACCCAAGAAUUUCCGACCCAACCGUCUGCAAAGUUUUUCUACGACGAGCAGGUUCCCAAAAUCUUUGCUCGGUACUUUGCUCGCGCUCGAGGAGGUGAUGCGGGGGACUUCAUUGAUAUCUGCCAGGAACAAGUGGAAUAUAGCCAGCAAAGCGGGUCUGAGAGUAUCGACAUGCCUCAACUAGCCUGGGUCUUACAAUACGCGCAAGAUAAUGUGACUGUCCGUCGUCGCCUUGAUAAAAAACAGAUAACGGAAUUGUCUGAGUACAAUUUCAAGUUAGCCAGAGAUUCUUUUGUCGCAUACCUACUGAAGUACUUGCAAUGGCGCCAAAAACAAUUACAAGACAAACUGACUUCUCUUUCAAUUUCUUUGAAAAGCGUUGCGACGCUUGAGCUCGACAUGAUCACUCAAGUCAUACGUCAAAGAGAAAGUAACGGGUGUCUGUUUUUGAGUGACACAAAUUUGGAUCGGAACAGGUUUCAAGACCAACCAAUCCCGCCUUUGCUCGCAACGUCUAGUCACCGCUAUUCUAGUCCUGCGACGCAAGAAAGGGUGAACUUUGAAGAUCAGUUUUCAUCAACUGACCCGCAAGCGGAAUACCUAUAUUAUGAAUACUUUUUCUCGCCCUGA